AAAAAAUACAAAUCACAGCUCAUUUUUAUUGAAAUUAACGAAUGAAACAAAUGUCAUUUCGAGUCGAAUUUUUUUUUGAAUUUCAAAAACUAAAAAUUUCAGUUAAAUAUUUUUUCGGUCCUUAAGAAAUGUCCAGUAAUGGUGAAAUAAUCCAUGUUCAUGUAGGCCAAGCCGGUGUUCAAAUAGCAAAUGCCUGUUGGGAGCUCUAUUGCCUUGAGCAUGGUAUCAAUCAACAUGGUCGUUUGUAUAAUUAUUCAUUGGAUGAUUCAUUUCAAACAUUCUUUGCUUAUUCGAAUUGUUCAAAAAUGGUGCCACGUUUAGUAAUGGUAGAUUCGGAACCAACUGUAAUAGAUGAAGUAAGAACUGGCGCAUAUGGUAACCUGUUUAAACCCCAAACGCUUAUAAAUGGCAAGGAGGAUAGUGGAAGCAAUUUUGCACGCGGAUACAAUACUCUUGGAACUGAAUUAAUAGACAUAACAAUGGAUUCCCUGCGAGAUGUUGCAGAAAGCUGUCCAAAUUUAAAAGGAUUUCUUGUUUUUCGAUCGAUUGGUGGCGGAACCGGUUCGGGCUUAGGUAAUCGAAUAAUGGAAGAAAUUUCCAACGACUAUGGAAAAAUGACAAAAAUGGAUUUUAUUAUAUUUCCUUCACCAUCUAUCACACCCUUGAUUGUUGAGCCCUAUAACAGCUUGUUGGCAACUCACAUUGGCAUGGAUUUCAGCGAUUGUACAUUCAUUUUGGACAAUGAAGCUCUUUAUGAUAUUUGUGAAACAAAACUGGGAGUCUACUCUCCGACGUAUACCAACUUGAAUAGAAUAAUUGCUCAGGUUAUUUCAACGAUGACAGCUUCACAGCGAUUCUAUGGAAGCUUAAAUGUGUCUUUCACUGAAUUUCAAACGAAUCUUGUUCCCUUUCCACGAAUUCACUUCCCCUUGGUUAGCUAUUCACCUCUGAUAUCCAUGAACAAUGCAUGUUACGCUGUAAUUAGCACAGAGAACAUGACUUUUGAUUGCUUUCAUUCUUGUAGCCAGUUCAUUCGAUGUAAUCCAGCGAGAGGAAAAUACAUGUCAUGUGUGCUGCUCUAUCGGGGAAAUGUUGAAUCUUCUGAAAUUAACUCAAGCAUUAAAAUUAUGAAGUCUCGAGGAUGUCUUAAUUUUGUUGAUUGGUCACCGACUGGAUUUAAGAUUGGACUAAACUCAAUGCCACCAUGUGCUGUGUAUGGUGGUGAUAUUGGGCCAACUGAUCGAGCAAUGAUGGCUUUAACGAAUAAUACCGCCGUUAAGAUAGCUUGGUGUAGAAUGUUAAGCAAAUAUAAUCAAUUAUUUAAUCGACGAGCGUUUCUGCAUCAUUUUAUGAGUGAGGGCCUCGAGGAGAGCACAUUUAGAGAAGCAUCUGAGGAUAUUUGUUCAUUGAUUAGUGACUAUCAAGAAGUCGAAGGACUUUCCUCUAAUGGAGAAUCGGCUGGAGCUGAAGCUGAAGUUGGGCCUUCAUCGCGGCAACAAAGAUUUAACCUCUAUAACGGUGAUGACGAAAAUGAUACAAAAUGUGUUCGAAAAAGAACUAAUGGAUGCUGUUUAAAAACAAAGAUAUCGAAAUCCAAUGCAGAAAGUCGAUUUAAUUUUAACCAAGAUUCAUCCCGGGAUUUCUCACAAGGCUGCGUAUUUUCUGAACAUAAUUCUGAAGAAGAUUAUUUAAUUUAGAUAAACAACUGAGUGAGGUACAAAUUAAAAAUGGUGUCCGUUUAAUUUUACAAAGAGCACUAGAAUCCUUAAAUUCCGAUUGUUAUCAUUUUAAUGCCUAUGAAAAUGGAAGGAAUGGAAAAUCGAGUCUU